CGAGGAAAAGGCGAGGGAGAGCAAGAGGCGGCCGGGCACCGAGCUCGCUCCCUCCUCGCCUUCUCGGGAGCUAAAUCACCGCCGCCGCUCUCGCUAUGAUGGGCUCUUCUUCAUCUUGGUCUGCCCCAACCUUUGGGUUAUCCAGGGAAUCCUCUUCAUCAUUGUUUUCACAUGGCUUUGUGGGAGCAAUGGGUCCUUCUUCAUUCUCAUCUUUGCCCAUCCCAGGCUUUGGAGGAGCAAUGCCAGCAUACAUAAGCAAAUCGCAUGAGGAGCUCCGACAUGAAGAUUAUCAGAGAGGCGACAAAGGUGGUGACGUUCUGCAGAAAAUUAUGUUUAAUUCAGCUCCUAUACUUCCCAUGCCCAUCCCACCGUCAGUUGGAACCCCAGUUAAUUUGAUCAAUUCAAGUGAACCUGCUUUCAGUUUGAAGCCCCAAACAAAUUUCAGUACUCCACUUUCAGCAGCAACAACUGCUGAUCAACGAUCUGCUGAGCUACAGUUCUCAACCCAAAAUCGCUAUUAUGCUUCAAACCUAUUUUGGAGUUCCUUGGCAGGACCGCAGCUAUCAUUUUCAUCAGCAGGGCUGCAAUCUUCUACACCAGGUUUAAAUUGUACUGCCAGCACAUCAUUUUCCCAUCUGUUCCUGCCCACAAAGCAACUGCCGGUGGGAACCCAAUCAUCAACUUUAUUUCCUACCCCUUGUGUGCAUCCACCCGUGGAGUUGCAAAAGAAUGCCACCACCCACUGCCCAAUUUCACAGACUGCACCUUGUACAGAACAUGGAGGAAUUUUCUUUGGCACAUCUGCAAAUACGUUCUCAGCAGCUACAUCAUCUACUCAGCCAACCACUUCAUCAUUGGGUCCAAGCUCAUUUCCUGCUACUCGACAUGGAGAUUUGUUCAAUCCCUAUUGUUCAAGAUCAUCUCAUGCCCCUUCUACUGGAUUUGCAUGUCAGGAGAAUGUGUUCAGCAACUCUGCGGCAUAUACAUCUAAUGUAAAUUCUGAUUUCCCCAUGAAUACUAUUGAUUUACUACUUCCAAAUAACAUCAGGCUGGUAAGGAUUAGAUUUUCUUCAACAAAUGAUGGUGACAGAAGUCUUCCUUCGAAGGUUCAUUCUGUUGAUCGUCAUGAUGCUAAAGCUUCAGAAGUACCCAUUUCUUUAUGUAUAUAUCCUGGAGAGAACCAAGAGCUGACUAUCAAAUCAAUGGUGGAACCUGCUAAGAGUCACACUGGAAAACAGUCUAGUCCACCUGGUGGAUCUCGUCCAGAUGAUCAAAGUGGUCGCAUCAAAGUGUGCAACAGUGCUGAUGGUGCAUCAUCGGGACCUGGUGAGAAUCGAAAGGAGAAUAGCGGUGCUGGUCACAAGACACUGAGGUCACCACUGGCUGCUCCUCACUGUGGAGUGAUAGCUGAGUCUCUACUGCCUCGCCUGUACAGCGCUGAUUACUACACCGUGCCAUCUAUUGUGGAGCUUGCCGUGAGAGAGCGUGAGGAGCCAGGUUAUUGCUCGCAUGUGAAGGGCUUCACUGUUGGCAGGCAUGGCUAUGGCAGUGUAAAGUUUGAUGGAGAAACUGAUGUGAGAAAGCUCGAUAUUGGAUCCAUCGUGGAGUUCAAUGAACGCGAGAUUAUCGUAUACAGAGAUGUGAGCAAUAAUACUCCACCUGCUGGACACGAACUCAACAAGGCUGCAGAAGUCACUCUUCUGAACGUCAAGUGCGUCGAUCAGAAGACCGGGCUGCAGUUUACGAAGGGGCUAUCAGUUGACAGGUACAAGGAGAUCUUGGUGCAAUGGACAAGGGACCAUGACGCAGAAUUUGUGUCAUUUGAUGCGGCCAAGGGGGAGUGGAAGUUCAGGGUUAAGAAUUUCAACAUGUAGAGUCCUCUGAAAAUUAGUAAUCCUCCAAUCAGUAGGCUCCUCUUUCUGGUGAACAACAUAUCAUGUAAAAAUCUGUUCUGUUUAUAGCUGGGUCACUAUGGAUAGUUGGAUACAUCUGGACGAAAUUACUUU